AUGUCACUAGUUCGAGUGAACUCUCAAUUCUGUCAUGGAAUAUCACAAUAUGAUCGAUGUUCGCCAAAUAGUGCAUGUGCCUGUUUCUAUAUAGCAGGUGCUAUUAAUAUUGGCAUUUGUGGUGAUGAAUUCAUUGAUUGUUCUGAGCUAGUUACAUGUGAAAGCUCAAACAAUCUUUGUCAUGAACCUGAUCAUAGAUGUGUUCAUCAUCCUCAUUGCCAUAAUCUUCCUGUGUGUUAUCCGGUGCCAAGUUUCAAUCAACAACUGUGUCCACCAAAAGCAAUGAUUUCCAAUAUUCCAGUCAAUGCUAAAUGGACACAGAAUGGAGUGACUGUUGCUGGAGGUCAUGGAAGAGGCAGUGCUACUUAUCAACUAAACCAUCCCAAAGGUUUUCUUACUGAUGAUGAUCAAACAAUGCUUAUUGUUGACUGGGACAAUCAUCGUAUCAUGCAAUGGAAAGUGGGUGAUACAAAUGGACGAGUGGUAGCUGGUGGCAAUGACCAAGGAAAUCGGCUGGAUCAAUUGUUUUAUCCAACCGAUGUAGUGAUAGACAACGAGACAGAUAGUCUCAUUAUCUGUGAUGAUCGAAAUCGACGAGUCGUACGAUGGUCUCGUCGUAAUGGUACAACUCAAGGAGAAGUCCUCUUCGACAUAUUCUUAUGCUACGGAUUGGCCAUGGAUAAUCAGAGAUAUCUCUACAUUUCUGACCCUACCGUGCAUGAUGUGAAACGAUAUCGAAUAGGAGACAAGAAUGGAACUGUAGUGGCCGGUGGCCAUGGUAAAGGUGAUGAUAUCACUCAACUCAACCAGCCGAGCUAUCUCUUUGUCGAUCGACAACAAUCUGUUUACGUGUCAGACAGCGGAAAUCAUCGUAUAAUAAAAUGGGAUAAAGGUGCAAUAGAGGGAGUUGUCGUCGCAGGUGAUCAUGGCGAAGGAAAGUCUCUGAGACAAUUGUCGUACCCUGGAGGACUGUUUGUUGAUAUGUUGGGUACUGUGUAUGUAGCAGACACAAGAAACCAUCGAGUAGUGCGUUGGCCUAAAGGAGCAAGACAGGGCACUGUCAUUGUCGGUGGAAAUGGUGAAGGAGCAGGGGCUAAUCAGUUAUCUUUUCCUGCUACUGUUUCCUUCGAUCGACAUGGUAAUCUCUAUGUCUUCGAUAAUGGAAAUCAUCGAGUACAACGUUUUUCCAUCGAAGGCUCUGAUUAG